CACCUUCAUUCGCUUAAAAAAGGUAGUAAAUUUUUUUCCAUGUUUCUCAUUCAUGAGCGAGAGAUAGCCCCCUCCGCCCCUUGAUCGUGUGUCUCUCUUUUCUUUUUUCAUAAACAGAACAGAGCAGCCUCGCCAUUGGGCCCCAUGCCCAGUCAGCUUGGGCCCCAGGACUGCAGUACCCGUUGCCAUUGCCAUGAUCAUCCUCAUGCCACAAGACGCUUUCCUGUUUUAAAAAUUAGAGGUUGCUUCUUGUACCUCUUCCAAUCCUUGUUUGCGUCGAGCGAGCCGCGGGGAUCCCAGCCCUAUCCUGUACUCAUCAUCCUCUUUUGAGGUCCCAUCACUCUCCAUCACUCUCCAUCAUCCCCGCCCUCAGUCUCUCAUCCCUUCAACCAGUACCGCGCACUCACGUACUCUUGCUCUCGCUCUCACCCUAGCACUCACCUGCACUCAAACUCGUUCGAUGGCACAGCCCAGGACCCAUCGUUUCUCGAAUCAGUAUCCAGGGACACCCCGCUCCCAGUCCUCCCCCUCCCUGGCUUCUGCUUCGCCCCUCAUCCGUCCACGCCGCAUCAACAUCAACCUGCCGAAACACGCUGCCACUGCAGCAGCCUUCCAACCUUCAGCAGCAGCAGUUAGGUCUUUGGAUAGAAUCCAGGAGGACCGUGUCCGAUACUCGGAAUCAGUUCUGAAGCAUGCAGCCUCAGAGGCUCUGAUGAAAAUGCCCAAUAUCGCAACAAAAUCACGUUCCGUGGAUGAUAUCUUUGAACUUCAAUCAACAGCAGUCUCCUGCAAGCUUCCCUCCACCGCUCCUACACCCCACUCGAACUUGAAGGUUUCGAUGGACAGCGUCGGCUGCCUCAGUUCGUUGUCCCCAAGCUUCACUAGUCAGCGUCCUGGCAUGGAUCGCAAGCAGUCAAGUCACCGUGCUGGCGCGCUUGGCCACACGAACAGUCGCACCAUGGCCGCCGAUUCUGACAAGGACGAGGCGGACGCGAAACGAAGCAAUAUGAACCCCUUGGCUGCUACUUUCACCCCCACAUUUCCCAAACCUACACUCUCGGACUGCGCGCCCUCGGACCAUGGUGGCGAGACAAGAUGCGGUACUACUGACUUUAGGGACCCUCUGAUUGCGGGACUCGGGAUUUCCUCCCCUGGCAUGGAAUACUUCCCUCAUCAACGAUACCAGUAUCAGAAUCAACAGCACCAAGCGCUAAAUACGGAAACAUUCUCGUCUUUCAGCUCCAGUUCCACGCGUCAGGAUAGCUCAACUAUUGUAAAAGCGUUGCCUACGACCAUUUCUUCAGCGACAGUGACAGCAAUACCGACUUCAAGUACGACAACAACGGCAGUCGAAUUUGAUCCUGAGGAAUUCAGGAUAAGUCUGAUGCGCCAGAUCACAGACAAACUGGAGACCGGAUUGGACCGCCAUUUUAGCCAGCUUGUGUCCGCCACCACGUCCCUUCCACUGUCACCCACACAUCUGGAUCAGGUUGCCGGAAGUUCCGCAUCUAUGAGUACGGUCGGCAGCAGUGCACCGGCCAAUUAUCCAGCGGAUGAGACUACCGUUCUAUAUCUAAAGAAGCUACUGCGCAACGCGAACGCAGAGUUAGAGCGACUCAAAGACAAAAACCAAGAGCUGCGCGAGACCAACCACAAACUGGAACUGCAGCACCUUGAGAUAGCCCAUCAAGUGACAAGAUUGCAAGAUUUUGAGCUGAACAACCAGUUUUUGCUCUCAAGACUCAAAGAACUCGAGGGCUCGUCAAAUUCGUCCUUGGAAUCCGCCUUGGAGACAGCAUCCAUGAAUGGAUACCGCCAGCGUGCAAGCUAUAUUUACCAGGGUAACAACUUCGCGCAACAGAACCAACAAAUCCAGAAUCUGAUGGCGGAGAUUACUGCUCUCACUCAGGAACGGGAUGCAUUCAAGAUCCGAUCCUGGGAGCUCGAGAAGAAGCCAUUUUCUCAACAACAUCAACAAGAUAUUCGGUCGGCACACUUUAUUGAUCUUGAAAAUGAACGGAACCGACUCAUCGAAGAACUGGGCCAAAAGACUGUGGCUAUGGAGGAUCUCUGGAACAAGAACGAGGCCUUGAUGGUACGCGCUAAAGAGUACGAGAAGCGUGUCUGGGAGCUAGAGGGUCAGGUUGCCACAUUGGAGGCAGAAUGUGCUUCAUUGCCAAGGAUCCGAUUAGAGUUAGUCGAGAUGGAGGCGCGAGCAGAUGCCGCCGACGCCCUCCUAGGUAAACUCCAAGAUAUGGAGGGACAGGUAUCCCUCGUAAAGAGUUUACAGGAGCGGAUUCAUGAGCUGGAAACUACAAAUGCGGAACUGGAUCACUCCAACUGGGAUCUUUCAGAAAAACUUAAUAUUGCCAAUAAUCAGCAUACGCUCUUAACCAAGGAGUUUGAGUCGUUCCGAUCAAAGGAUAAGGACGACCGGCGCCUUGAGUUUUUGGCGAACAGGAACCGAGAGCUGGAGGCUCUUUUAGCGGAGCAGGCUAAGGGCUCGCCCGACUACAAGGAAGAGUACGAGCGUGUAUCAUUGGAACUCGAGAAACUCAAGAUCCGAAUGCCACAACUGGAGGGUCAGGCGAAGCAGGUUACGCUCUUGCGGUCUAAAACACAGCAGCUAGAGAAACAAAUCAAGGCUAUGGAGGGUCUUGAACCAAGACUUGGGGAAAUGCAGCAGUUGCAUGAACGCAAUAUGUUUUUGGAGAGCGAGCUCGGAGAGCUGGAGCAAUUGAGGGCGCGCGAGAUGGAGUUGGAGCAUGAACUUGAGGAGUCUAAGGCAAGGCUGGCUCAGUUGGAGACGAAUAAGACAAGAAUGAACUCGUUCUCGGCCUUUAGGCAACUGCAGACUCGGGCGCGGUCCGGGAGUGUGGCCCAGCACAGUGUGCCGUUUAUACCUCUGCAACCACAACAACCCCAGCAACCACAACAAGCACAAGGACUACAACAACGCGACAAUGAUGAGAGCGGCGGCAAUGGGGGCGAUUUGCGAGUCAGAACGACUGGAGGCAUGCCCCACAGUCGGCCGUCCCAGUCGAUCAGCUCGGUAGAUGCGAUGUUAUCGCCCCGGUCUCCGAAACGCGAGUUCCUUCCGGCGACAAUGAUGUCUGUAAGCACGCCGACAACAGCGACGUGGCCCUCAGGUCGUUCGAGCAUGAGCAUGAGCAACGCAUCUAAUCGAAUGAGUACGAGCUCGAGUACAAGUACGGCCCUGAGCAGUGGUAGCGGUAGUAGUGCCUCUAUCCAGCAGCUGAGGGUGCUACAACAAACAUGUUCGGUCCCUGUUAGCCCUGAGGAGUCGUCGGACGAGGUGGAUGAGGCAGAUGAUAAUGCGAAGGAGACACAGACAGCAAAGUUGACGGAGAUGAGCGUGGAGCCUGAGUCGUUUCUGAUCGACGCGGCCAAAGUUAGCAUUGUAAGCGAUGUGAUGCUUGGUGUUGUUGCAUAAGAGGCCAUUGCGCGUAAUUAUCGGACGUGGAAGGUGUGUCGUCCGUCUAGAUCUCGACGGGACUUUCUCGAUGAAAUAAAAGCAGAUAAGGCCGAACAAAAACAGAG